AUGUCAGGCUCGAGUCUCGCAACAGGACAUGCAAAAAGAUCCAGGACGAGCGAUGCACUGCGCACUGAGAAGGAUAGAAUCAAGCGUCGUCGAUUUUCCAAGGGCGUACUUGAUGUUACUGAAGACGUACAAUUAGCUGCUAAAGGAAAUACGAGUGAGAAUAACACUCAGAAUACCCUUUCUCUCACACAAGAUACUUCUGCGCAUGGUCGUGAGCAGCAGUCGAAAUUCUCCCGCGAAAAAUGGUGUCUUUCAAGUCCAGUUGGCGGGCAGUAUAGCAAUCUUAACCCGAUUAUUACUGCGGAUGAAGAGUAUCUCCUUGUCGGGACUGAGACAGCAAUUCAUGUUCAUUCGAUUGGGACCUCUUGCCGGUCUCGUACAUUACAGUUGAAGGAUGGUCAAAAAGUCGUUGGUUACAAUCUUUGCUCUGAAAACCCGCAACAUCUUUAUAUCAUCACUUCCACUGGUUGGGUGAGCAAGUGGGAUUGGCUUUCUGGAGAUCAAAUUGCUUCUUGGGAUUUGGCCAGAGAGACACUUCUUGCUGAAUUAUGCUCUCCUGAGUUCGCAAAAAUCAGGUCUGGACUUCUCUUUUCUCUGCGGGGGCGCAAGGACGGAAAGAGGCAAAUCACAAUCACCUUAUUAAAUGGCGAAGCACCGCGCGACGUUGUUGUCUUUGAAACGACCCAACGAAUAGACAAUUUCAGGGUUUUCAGACAGGGACAAGCGAUAGUCGCAUGGGCUGGUCAGCGCCUUCUGCUUGGCACCAGGGAGUUUAACACGCCAGACCUGUCAACUCUGCAGUACACCUGGAGGGAGGUCGUUCUGCCCGUCCGUGUCACUUGCAUUGAUAUUCGAGAGAGCAGUGCACCAAAUCGAACAAUAUCAGAGGGCUCGCACGAUAACAAGCUAGAAACGAUGGACCUUGUUUUGGGUGAAUCUGGUGGCUCGGUCUUAAUCUAUCUUGACUUUCUUGCUCUUUUCCCUACUGAUGGCAUUGGCUCAGACGAUAGUAAGGACCUGGCUCCUCGACGGCUGCAUUGGCAUAGAGGUCCCGUCAAUGCAGUCCGUUGGUCAAAGGAUGGCGGGGAUGAGUCAGUCAUGGUGCUAUGGCAAUUGGACACGGGACGCAAGCAGUUUUUACCUCAUCUCUCGUCACCUAUUUGCAAUCUAGUCGUUUCCACAACUGGGAAAGCAUACAUUGUUAAGCUUGCUGACAACUGUAUCAUGGUGCUGUCCGCGACAGAGCUGCAACCUUAUGCUACUAUCACUGGCCUACAGCUUUGCCCCAAAGCCAACAACAAGCCCACCGAUGCAACUCUGGCAGAGUCGCGUAUCUUCUUUCAACCUCCUGCAGCCGUAUUGCACCCACAAUUCCCUGAUCGGCUUCUAGUGGCGGUACCAGCUUCGCGUCAUGCCAAACGGGAUUAUCAUUCUGUUACGAGUUCGUGCGUGCUACAGACGUACGAUAUCCGCACCAACUCUCAAAUAUCCAGACAAGCCCUUGCACGGACCAAUGCGACGACUUUGAGGAUCAGUCCAGAGGGGACCGAAAUUGUUGCUCCGGACGUCAGCCACCUUGACAUAUGUCAGGAUGGAAAGUGGAUGGCGACGAUCGAUGACUGGAUACCGCGCCCCGAAGAUAUCAGGGCUCUUGAACCGAACAGCACUCCGACAGGCAGCCAUACGGUUUAUCGGGAAACAUACCUCAAGUUUUGGAGAUGGAACGAAUUGUCCAAUAUGUGGGAGUUAGCCACACGUAUCGACAGUCCUCACUCCUUCGACUGCGCUUCGGUGCCCAUUCUGGAUCUCGCGUCCAGACCGUACAGUCAUGAAUUUGCAACAGUAGGUUGUGAUGCCGUGCUCCGCUUCUGGUGCGCGAGUAACAGGCCCCGCCUGGGAUUGGAAACAAAACAUCCAGAACACCAAUAUCAGACCUGGAAAUGCCGAGGUACUAUCGACUUAAAAGGCCAAUUUAUUGUUGGCGAAACCGAGCCUGCAAAUGCAGCUUGUAUGGGGUUUUCAGAGGACGGGUCGGUGCUUGCUAUUUGCAUGCAAACCAGAUCCAGUCCGGACUCCGGCCUCGUUGUUCUGGUGGAUAUGCAGAAUUGCAAAAUUCACCACAGUAGGGUAGGGGUUUACUCGGGUCGUCCGUGUGCGGCCAGAUUCUUGGGGCGCUAUCUUGUUGUUCUAUCACAGCAUUCGGCGCAUAUCUGGGAUACAGUUGGCGAUAUAGUCAGAACGACCACGUCAUCAGCCGUUCAGGAUGACACUCUCUCCGACGAUCAACUUCUGGCAGUGAGCUCAAAGUCGCAAACCUGUGCCGUUGCCACGAAAGUCCCACAACAUCUGGGCGGAACCAGAAGAACAACCGGAUCUCAGUUCGAUAUACGAGUCUAUGAUGUGCAGACCUUGUCCCUGCUUACUCGACAAUCCUUGAAGCAUUGUCCGGUAUCCCUACUUUCAGAUCCACUCACUGGGGAUUACAUCAUCGUUGAUGCCAUGGCCAAUGUGCAACGCCUCAGUUGCUCAGAUAAAGCUCCUCAAUCAAUACCGCAAUCCAAGGAUGGCACAUCUCACAAUCACGGGAUUGGGAGCUUAUUUGGAAUACGGUCUCGCGACAUCAGUCGGCAUCCUCGUCUUCAAGCGCGACCUCUUGCAGUCAGCGGAAGCUCUUCAGCUCUGCAGUCAGCUGGGCUACCCGGAGUCUUUAGUGAUAUUCCCCCAUUUGUGUUGCCUCCCACUAGUGUUCUCUUCAAAAGUGUGGUGCAAAAUCUUACAACUUGA